UCCGCUCCGCUCCUCUCCGGUGCGCUCGGCUCGGUAUGGCCAGAUUCACGCAGACUGAGAGCAGGCACCAGCAGCAUCAGCACCAGCACCAGCAGCAGCUUCAUCCUCAGCUUCAGCACCACCAGCUCCCUCAGCAUCCUCAGCAGCAGACUCCCCCGCAGCCCGCCCACGCCAGCGCGCUCCUCGUCUCCACGUCGGCAGCGAUAGCAGCAGCACCGAGCCCACAGCCCGCGCACCUCGCGCUCCCCAAGCCUAUGAACGGCCCCGAGUCCGUCUCCGUGAUCCACGCCGACGGCGGCGCCAUGAAGGACCAGGAUGCCAUCAAGCUCUUCGUGGGUCAGAUUCCGCGCAACCUCGAGGAGAAGGACCUCAAACCCUUGUUCGAACAGUUCGGCAAGAUCCACGAGCUCACCGUGCUGAAGGACCGAUACACGGGGAUGCACAAAGGCUGUGCAUUUCUUACCUACUGCGCUCGUGAGUCAGCCAUCAAAGCCCAGAAUGCACUGCAUGAACAGAAAACUCUGCCAGGGAUGACACGGCCUAUUCAGGUUAAACCAGCUGACAGCGAGAGUCGUGGAGAGGACAGGAAGCUGUUUGUUGGAAUGCUGAACAAGCAGCAGACUGAGGAGGAUGUGUACCGCAUUUUCGAACCCUAUGGCAUCAUCGAAGAAUGCACCGUGUUAAGAGGACCUGACGGAAACAGCAAAGGAUGUGCGUUUGUUAAGUUCUCCACACACACCGAGGCUCAGUCAGCAAUCAGCAGCCUGCACGGAAGCCAGACCAUGCCUGGAGCAUCGUCCAGUCUGGUGGUCAAGUUUGCAGACACGGAUAAAGAGAGGACCAUCCGCCGCAUGCAACAGAUGGUUGGCCAGUUUGGCAUCUUUAACCCUGCUGUGGCUUUGCCGUUCAGCACGUACAGCACCACCUACAGCACCUACACGCAUGCUCUUAUGCAGCAGCAGGCAGCGAUCAUGGCGGCAUCUCACAACGGGUACCUGACACCCAGCAUGGCAUUUCCUGCGACGCAGAUCCAUCAGGUGGGGACGAUCAACAUGAACGCCCUGCCCCCCACUCCAAUGACUCCUGUGUCAGGACUGAGUUCUCCGCCCGCUAACCUGGCGUCGUCGGCCUUGCCCAGCAUAGUGACGCCAAUCGUUAACGGCUUCACUGGAAUCCCACCCCAGCCAAACGGGCAUCCGGUGGAGGCGGUCUAUGCCAACAGCCUGCCAUCGUACUCCACCCAGAGCCCCACCGCCGCCGACACACUUCAGCAGGCCUUCACUGGCAUCCAACAAUAUACAGCCAUUUACCCCACAACCACACUGACCCCUAUAGGCCAGACACUGCCUCAGCCGCCUCAGGUGAUUCAGCAGCAGCAACAGCAGAGAGAAGGUCCAGAAGGCUGUAACCUGUUCAUCUACCACCUACCGCAGGAGUUUGGUGAUAAUGAACUGAUGCAGAUGUUUCUGCCCUUUGGCUCGGUCAUUUCCUCCAAGGUGUUUAUGGAUCGAGCGACUAACCAGAGCAAGUGCUUUGGCUUUGUGAGCUUCGAUAACCCUGGCAGUGCCCAGGCAGCCAUCCAGGCCAUGAACGGUUUCCAGAUCGGCAUGAAGCGCCUGAAAGUGCAGCUAAAACGGCCAAAAGAUGCCAGCCGCCCUUACUGACCAUCAUCUGGCACACACAACUAACAGCAAAGGAUUUAAACCGUUUUGCCGCCUCCACAUC